AUGGACGUCUCCAACGCCUUCCUUCAUGGCCAUCUGCAGGAGCAGGUGUACUGCCAGCAGCCCAUCGGCUUCGUCGACCCCGCGUGCCCUGAUGACUGCAUCGCCGGCUUCCUGCAUCAGCUUGGUUUCCGCUCCACGCGCUCCGAUGCGUCGCUAUUCGUCUACCGGACCGGCAACGACAUGGCCUACCUGCUGUUGUACGUCGAUGGCAUCAUCUUGACGGCCUCCACCGCUGGCCUUCCUCGACAGCUCACCGACAGUCUUCGCACUGAGUUUGCAUUGAAGGACCUCGGCCCGCUCCACUACUUCCUCGGCAUCGAGGUUGUCCGGUGUGCGGACGGGUUCUUCCUUCAUCAGCGGAAGUAUGCCCACGAGCUUCUCGAGCAUGCAGGGAUGCUUAACUGCAACCCUGCACCUACUCAUGUCGACACGAAGACCAAGCUUUCCGCCAGUGAUGGGUCGUUGGCAUCCGACGCGCCGUUCUACCGCUCCUUCGUCGGUGCCCUCCAGUACUUGACGUUGACACGUCCGGAGCUUCAGUACGCUGUACAACAGGUGUGCUUGCAUAUGCAUGCUCCUCGGGAUGCUUAUUGGGCCGCGGUGAAGCGGAUUCUACGCUACGUCUGUGGUACCAUGGGCUACGGCCUGUCGCUACAUGCUUCGCCCUCGACGUCGACCGACCUCGUCGCCUACUCGGACGCGGACUGGGCGGGCUGCCCGGACACGCGACGCUCCACCAGCGGCUACUGCGUCUACGUCGACUCGUCGCUUGUCUCUUGGUCCUCCAAGCGGCAGCCCACCGUGUCUCGCUCCAGUGCUGAGGCUGAGUACCGCGCUGUGGCUAACGCCGUGGCUGAGUGCACGUGGCUUCGCCAGAUUCUGUCCGAGCUCUCUUGUCCCGUUGACAAGGCUGCGGUGGUCUUCUGCGACAACGUGUCGGCGGUCUACCUCUCCGCCAACCCGGUUCAUCAUCGGCGCACCAAGCACAUCGAGUUGGACAUUCACUUCGUUCGUGAGCAAGUUGCCUUCGGUCGCGUUCGAGUUCUUCACGUACCGACGUCUCAGCAGUUUGCCGAUAUCAUGACGAAGGGACUGCCGUCCACGACUUUUCCGGAGUUUCGCUCCAGUCUAUGUGUCGGUGCCGACCCUUCGACUGCGGGGGGUUGA